UGCAACCAUGCCAACAUACCAGACGCUUUCGAAUGAAUGAAGAGAAUAACGGGAGCUGAAAUUUAAAAGAUAUUUUAAUAUUAUCCAAGAAUUGCAGCAUGGACCUGUCUAUCCGGGGAGGGCCGACACCCCGCCAGGCUCGGGUCUCCAGCGCUAAAGGGAAGAAACCGAACAAGACAAGUGGAUCGUUGUACAGCACACCAGAUGCGCCAAGACAAGGAGGUCGACCUCCUGCCGGCAAACCACAACAUCAGGGCACUGGUAUAACCCAAUCUCAGAUCGAUAAAUACACAAGACCAAAGAGCCAUGGUCCAAAACCAGACAAUGUACCAUCUUUAGACCUGGCUCGACUUGCUGACUAUGACAACACAUUAUCAAAACCUAUCGAGGACUAUGAAGAAAAGAUGUCCAUUCCAGAUACCGCUAGCACGGUCAGUUGGGGAUACCAUGACUACAACCCAAAACCGUCGGGAAGGAACAGCGCCCUCAAAGCCCCGUUUGCACUGCAUCACACACCUGACACCCCCCUCUCAGCUCAGAGUGUGUCCUGUCGGCCGGCCAACGUUCCUAAGCUGAAUGUAGGAAAUAAAGAAAAGGUUAAGGCAAAGACUGCAUGGGAUGAACCUGCUGUUCCAGAUAAUGCCCCUCCCUCUGAGAGGCAGAAGAAGCAGUUGAAAGAGCACCAGGUAGAAGUGAAGCAGCAGUACAAACAACAAAAAUCCCAAGGGGGUGCAGGAAAACAAGUGGAAGAUCAUGAACAAAAGCCAGAACCAGAGAUGGCGCCGCCAGAUGAUGAGCCUCUAAAUACUAACUGGAAUAAUGCAUCACUUAGCACAAGGCGAGAGAUCAACAAGAGGGUAGCAGCGGAAUCUGUUGUUGCAGAAAGGAGAAAACAGCACAUAAUGGAGACUGUACUGGUCGACCAGUUGUCACGAGCUCCAAUAAGUGACCCAGAACAGGACCAGGUAACCACACCGGGAUCAAGCCAUCGCUACUACGCACAAUCUCCUAUCAGACCGCGCAAUCUACAUGCUACCAAGACCAAUCCUACCAACUCAGUCACAGAGAAGAUGCUUGCCAAACGUCUCAGCUUCAGUUGUCGGGUGGUGUCCAGGAACGGGAACAUGGCCCUAAAAGAGCUCUGUGGUUUCUAUUUCGCUCUCGACAAGACAAUGACCAUCUACGAAUUCAGGCAGUUUGGUAAAAAAGCUUCAGCUUUGCCAUUCAUCAAGAGAGAUAAAUACAGAAGGAGAGUUGGGAGGAGAAAAGGAAUGUUGUACACUGCGCAGGAUUUAACAAGGGGUGAAGAUCUUAGUUUUGAGACAGAGGAUCAGCCAUCUUUACCGGAGUGUCUUCAAAAGAAACCGGUCGUCGUUCUCAGAGUCACCGAUGUCGAUGAAGAUAUGAAGAAAGAUUUUAUUUUCGGAGAUAAUGUACCAUACAAUGAUGUAGAGCUGAGGAAGGGAAUGAACCCGCAGAGAGCUCGUCAAGAAACAGAGGACUGGAAACUAAUAUCUCAUGUUCAAAAUGAAGUUCAUAAGCAGAUCAAGAGCCGAGCAUCACGGACAUUAACAGGGCUUGGGAAACACUUCAAGAAGCUUGACAAAUCAGGGGAUGGUACUCUAGAUAAAGAAGAGCUGAUGGAAGCACUCAACACUUAUCGCAUCAAGAUAGAUAAAAAGCUCUUUGAUCAGCUUUGGUUGAUAAUUGAUCAGAACGGAGAUGGAGCAAUUGAUUAUAGUGAAUUCUGCAGAGCAUUUAUUGGUGAAAUGAAUGAAUUCAGAAAACAUUACGUUAUCAAGGCAUUUAAGAAGAUUGAUGCAAAUAAGUCCGGAACUGCUGGUAUCGAUGAAGUCAAGAAGUUCUUUUGCACUCACAAGCAUCCUCAUGUUAUCUCAGGCAAGUCUACAGAGCAACAAGUUCUGACUGAGUUCCUGGACGUGUUUGGACCUCGAGUGAAGGAGAUAUCUUAUGGGGAGUUUGAAGACUACUAUGAGGGUGUCAGCAUUGCUACAAAGAGCGAUGACGAUUUCAUGAACUUACUCCAGGGGUGUUGGACGUUGUAAGUGAUGUAUGAAAUAAAGUUUAAGAAGUAAAAAAACUUGUCUGGUCUUCUGAACUUUGCUUUAAUGAAACUCUGGUCCUUAUCUCUCGCCCCCCUUAAAAGGACAACCAUAUGCUUGUUCCAGUUUCGUAGAGAUAUCCCCUGAGGCAACUUGUUAAAAGUCUGUGCCAUGUCUUCUAUCAGGACUUUACUACAAAGACACUAUGCAUCUUUCGACAGCAGCCUUCCUACAUUCUCCUUUAUUUUGUCUUCGAUAAAAUGUGAGGAUUUGUAUUGAAAAUUUGCUAGUAUUCUGUAUAGUUUCUUCAAACUUUUCUGCUCACAUUUUCGGCAUGAUUCAGCUUCAUGUCACUGUGCAUAAAUCACCCUUCUAAACAUGAAUUUAAUAUUC